AUGUUUGUUCUUCCACCUCCCCCUCCGCGCUAUACCAUCCCUGUCGCGUAUGCGGCGGGGGCGGCAAAUGGCAUGGCGGUCCCCGUUGUCGAAACGAAUAAUACUAUUACCCACCCCGAGCGCGGGUGCCCAUUACAAGUCGGAGAGGGCACAUACGUUCUACAAGAUGAUCUCCUACUCGCGACCCCACCUCCCCAUCCUUCCGAAGCUCCCAUCGUCAAUCCGAACCCUCUUACGACUGUGCCGGCACCUCCGACUUGUGGCGUGAAGUUGUCUUUGGUCAGCCUCGACCCACGGAAGAAGCCCCCGACAUUUUUGAAAUCCGCGGUGAUGGCACCGCAGUUUGGCGAUGGGAACUCGGCACUUGCGGCACCGCCGGUUACAUCAAAGGACGCAUUGAAGAGAAGGAAGCCCAAGAAUAACAUCAUCAAGAGCAGCUCUUCGUUUGUCUCCAGAGUCAUUACACAUGAGACAUCCGCCAAGAGGCUAAGCGAUCGUGAUACUAAUGGUGUUUUCGCAUUCGCCAAUAUCAACCGAGCCUUCCAGUGGCUUGAUCUAAGUUCGCCCACGAAAGAAGAGCAUCUCACCAAGGUGCUAUUCACCAAGGCGCAUAUGCUUUGUCACGAUAUCAACGAGCUCACCAAGACCUCCUCCCAUUUGGACAUUGUGAUGGGAUCUUCUGCAGGCGAUAUUAUCUGGUAUGAGCCCAUGUCGCAAAAGUAUGCUCGGAUCAACAAAAACGGCGUGAUCAACAACUCACCCGUCACCCAUAUCAAAUGGCUGCCAGGUUCCGAAAACCUAUUCUUAGCAUCCCACGCCAAUGGCGUCUUGGUUGUGUAUGAUAAGGAGAAAGAGGAUGCACUCUUCACGGCCGAGUCAAAUGGCCAUUCCGAAGAUCCAGGAAGAUUGCCCUUGGAGAUCCUCAAGUCCGUCAACUCGAAGAACCAAAAGACCAACCCGGUCUCAUUUUGGAAAUUGGCAAACCAGAAAAUAUCCAGCUUUUCUUUCUCGCCAGAUCAAAGACAUCUAGCCGUUGUCCUUGAAGAUGGAUCGCUGCGAUUAAUGGACUAUCUUAAAGAAGAGGUCUUGGAUAUCUUCCGAAGCUACUAUGGUGGACUUAUCUGCGUCUGUUGGUCUCCAGACGGCAAAUACAUCGUUACUGGUGGCCAGGAUGAUCUAUUGACUAUUUGGUCAUUCCCUGAGCGCAAGAUUGUUGCAAGGUGCCAGGGCCACUGCUCUUGGGUUUCCUCGGUGGCAUUUGACCCAUGGCGCUGUGACCAGAAAACAUACCGACUAGGCAGUGUAGGUGACGACUGCCGUCUUCUCUUGUGGGAUUUCAGCGUUGGAAUGCUCCAUCGUCCCAGGGCGCACCACGCGUCAACCCGCAACCGAACGAGUAUCAUUGUACCCGGCUCACAGACUGCCAGCCGCCAUCGGUCAGACAGUGGCGACGGUCGUGUGCGCUCGGACUCAAAUGGAACAGAUAAUUACAAUGGGGACAUUGAUCAGACUCCCAAUCACCCUGUGGAGCCUCGGUCGCGCACAGCUAUGCUGCCCCCGAUCAUGUCUAAAAUCGUUGGCGAGGACCCUAUCUGCUGGCUUGGCUUCCAGAAAAACUGUAUCAUGACAUCCUCUCUUGAAGGCCACAUUCGCACCUGGGACCGACCCAAUGAGAGUAUCGGCAAGUCAUGA